AUGAUGAGGACUGCGAAGGUUAGAGUCACGAGACUGUCCCUGGAUCCCUAUCUGCUAAAGUACUUCAACAAGAGGAAGACCUACUUUGCCCACGACGCUCUGGAGCAGUGCACUGUGGGAGACAUCGUCCUGCUCAAGGCUCUUCCUGAACCCAGGUCUAAGCACGUGAAGCAUGAACUAGCGGAGAUUGUGUACAAAGUGGGAAGAGUCGUGGAUCCUUUGACCGGGAAACGUGUGGCAGGAGUGGAGUUUGUGGAACCAACAGAAGAUCUCCUGAACGACCUGAACGAGACAUUAUCAGACAAACUGAAGGAACUGGACAUUUCUGCGUCAUCCAGUGAAUCUUUAACAUCACAACCUCCAUCCUCGUGA